UAACACCUGCGUCUUCGACCUCCUCUUUCUUCCUUAUCUCUGCAACUCAAUCGCAUUCUCCAAUUAUUUCUCUCUGAUCAAAACCCAUCAAAUUCCUCCUCUUCUUGUUCUCAAAGAUUUACAAUAUGGCCCUCGAAACUUUGCUAAUUAAGGUAAAGACGGCGAUAUCCAGCAGUUUUGAUGUGGUACGACCGUCAGCACCGAAGCCGAAGCUACUCAAGAAGACCAACAACGUCGGCGUUUUGGCGUUCGAGAUCGCCGGCCUGAUGUCGAAGCUCCUCCACCUAUGGCAAGCGCUGUCGGACAAGAAUAUGGUCCGACUCCGGAACGAGUCAAUCUCGCUGGAGGGAGUCCAGAAGAUUGUCUCCGACGACGAAGCUUUCCUCCUCGGCCUCGCUUGCGCGGAGCUGGCGGAGAAUCUCCGGCUCGUCGCGAAGUCGGUCUCCAGAAUAACCAAGAAAUGCGACGACCCGAAUCUCCAGCGGUUCGAACAGUUGUUCGACGAGUUCGCCAACUGGGGCCCCGACCCGCACGGCUGGGUUUUAAGCUUGAAAGAAAUGGAAGCCAGAAUGAAGAAGAUGGACAGACACGUCACCGUCACGGCCACUCUGUAUAGAGAAAUGGACGAGCUAUCUGUAAUGGAAAGCGGGUUAAGCAAAUCUCUGAAAUGUAAGGAAAAGGAGUCAACGAUUUGCGACCUCCAGCAGAAGCUUUUCUGGCAACGGCAGGAGGUGAAGUAUCUGAAAGAGCGAUCGCUAUGGAAUCGAAGCUUUGAUGCUGUCGCUUCCAUGCUUGCACGCUCUACUUUCACUGUCCUGGCAAGAAUCAAACAGGUGUUCGGCAUAGGACAAUUUCCACUUUCUCUGACUCGCAGCCUUUCAGCUUCGGCGGCCGUGCACCCAUUAAUGAAGAGCUCGAAACUUGAGGAAAAGUCGAAAGAAUUGGGUGAUGGGUUUUUCGAGACCAACUCCAAGCUCCUAAACCCGCCUGCAACGACGUUGAGCGCCGCCGCUUUAGCGCUGCACUACGCGAAUUUGAUAAUCGUGAUGGAGAAGAUGAUCAAGUCGCCGCAAUUGGUCGGCGUGGACGCGAGGGAUGAUCUUUACGCGAUGUUACCAUGUAGCAUACGAUCCUUGCUGCGGGCGAGGUUGAAGGGAUCCGCGGGAUUCUCGGCGAGCGAUCCGGUGCUUGCCGGGGAGUGGAGGGAGGCUUUGGGAAGGAUCUUGGGGUGGUUGUCGCCGUUAGCGCAUAAUAUGAUAAAAUGGCAGAGUGAGAGGAGCUUUGAGCAGCAAAAUUUGGUGCCCAAAACGAACGUGCUGCUUCUGCAGACGCUGUUUUUCGCCAACAAGGAGAAGACGGAGGCCGCCAUUGCUGAGCUUUUAGUGGGUCUGAAUUACAUUUGGAGGUUCGAGAGGGAGAUGACUGCUAAGGCCUUGUUUGAAUCCGCCAACUUCAAUGGGAUCUUGAAUGUGAAGAAAUCAAGCUAAGGAGAUGGCUUUUCAAUUUCCUUCCUUUUUUUCUUUUUUUUUUUUUUUUUUUUAUUGGGUUAUAAUUUUGUUAAUUUCUGAUAUUUUAUCAUGGUUGAUUUUAGUUUAAACUGAGUCGUUUCAGAUGGAUCUUUUAAGGGUUUGUUUUGCUUUUAACCCUGAUCUGUAUAUGGUAAUACAAAUGUAUGUAAAUGAUCAUAUGAUGAUUUUGAGUAAUA